UAUCACGAUACAGUACCAGCAGUAGCUGCUCCUGUAGUGUUGAGGCUUGUAUUAAUGGAGACUAGUGGUCCAGGUGGUUCAGUCUGGGACCGGUUCAAGGACUACUCGGAGGAAGACUUUCUUGAAACUACUCGAGUCCUACUGGCCAUACUUCACAAUGUGAUCCAUGAUCCAGCCAAUGAGAAGAACAGGAGGCUCAGAGCUGCCAGCAAAUUCAUUAAUAAGCCUGGGAUUACUGACCUCCUCAGAAGUGUUGGUUUUGUAAAGAAGGACAGUUAUUUAUUUUUGGAUAAUCUUGAAGAUAAUUUGAAACAGUUACGCUCAUUAAUGAGGGACAUUGUUAGUCGGAGGAGAGGAACUGGUAACCCACUGGGAUGGGACGUUCCCUCGUCUGCACUUCAUUUCAUCAAAAUAAUUGGAUCGUCCAAAUAUGGUGAUGUGAUACAGGGGACUAUAGGAGGACAAGAUGUGGCCAUUAAGACACUCAAUCCUGAGAACAGACUUACUGACAAGAAAUCAUUUAGACAAGAACUUGAUAUAUUGAGUCAGUUGACCCACCCACAGAUUGUAAGAUUAAUUGGAGCAACAUUGCUAUCAGAACCAACCUCAUUGAUCAUAGAGCUUCUGCCUCAUUCAAUGCUACAUUUGCUCCAUCAAGGAGAACUCUGUGAUGUGGAGAUAUUCAGAUAUGCACGUCAGGUUGCCAUGGGAAUGGAAUAUAUUCAUUCUAAGAAUAUACUUCACUGUGACCUAGCAGCAAGAAAUUUGUUAGUCUCAGCAGAAGGUGAGGUUAAGAUAUCUGACUUCAGUACUAGUAGACAGGAGGGGGUGCCCCUGACCAACAGACACUUAAUUAAUGUGAGAUGGAGUCCUCCUGAGGUGUUUAAUGAUGGAACAUUCUCUAAAGAAAGUGACGUGUGGAGCUAUGGUAUUUUAUUGUACGAGUUUGUUACCUCAGGAUCUGUACCUUACGCUAACUUUAGUAACAACCAAGUGCAGACAAAAGUAACAGAGGGAUAUCGUUUAUUACAGCCACCUUGUUGUCUUGAUGAGUUUUAUUCAGUAAUGAGCAAGUGCUGGUCUGUCUCACCUGUUGAUAGGCCAGGGUUCACAUCAAUAGUUUCACUCCUACUUAAUCCAAUGGAAAAAAUGCUGGCAAGUACAAGUGAUGAGAGGCCAUUGAGAUAUGUUAAUAAUUCAAGUGAUGAACCAGCUGUUAGUUUCAGCACCGAGCGGAGAUUAUCAAAGAAGUUCAAAGUAAAGGAGCCUACUUAUCAAUCUGUGGUGACAAAGGGUGGAGGUCUUGUAAGAAUAUAUACAUCAUUAGUUGCUCCAUUCCAUCCUCGAGUGGUUAUAGUUUGCAAUAAGAAGAGCUCAGUCUCUGAUGUGGUCCAGCUGUCUCUUGUCAAGUGUGGUAAAGGGGAUCUGGAUCACAAGAGUUAUGCUAUUGCACUACUCGAUGAUGUCACUGAUCCUAUCAAAUAUUUGGAAUCUGAAGAAAAGAUAAUGACCAUCAAAGGGAACAUGUCACCAGUGGCCCAGUUUGUGUUGUGUGUUAAGACUCCGGAACAAUCUCUGCUGGAUGUAAUCCUCUCCAUUAAGAGCAACCCCUCCUACAGGAAUGCUUUGGAUUAUAAGACCAAAGGUUACCUGGUGAAGAGCGAGUGUCAGCCAUCAAACAACAGUCCCAGAGGAGGAGGAGGGGGAGGGAGUGCCUGGCAGAGGUACUGGUGUAUCGUUGAUGGCUCGAGCCUGCUGUGUUAUCUUGAUGAAGAAGAUGAAGGUAUUAAACAGUUUGAGAUAUUCCUUGACUUCAGAUCAGCCAUUGUGUCUCUUACCACUGACAAGAAGAAUGAGUACAUUAAGGUUGAGAUGACUAAUAAUGAUGUGUAUUUAUUCAAUACGAUUGAUAAGUUGGAUACUCUCCGUUGGAUAGAAGCUAUUGAGGCUGCAACCAGACAAGAGCCGUCCCAGUUCUUAUUGCAAGGUUCUUCAGGAGGUGCUGUAGUCUUUGCUGGGUUUCUAACCUGCUCCUACUAUCCAUCCGUAUCAACUAAUGACCCAGUCACUUCAGUGGCGUCCAUUAGACCAGGAGAAGGCCUAUCUGAUGUUCCUUUCAGUUAUGGGAAGCUCUGGUGUGUGUUGAAAUCCUCUGGUCUCAUACAGUGUAUGGUGGACAGUAAACCAGUAGAUAUAGUUCACAUCAUUAAGAAUAUGAAUAAGAUAAAUGUGUAUAGGAAUGAUGGUGGAGAAUGUAUAAUAAAAAUGACAAAUAGUAAUAGUGAUGAUUUAAUAAUGAUUGCUGACUCAGCAUCAGAGCAUUAUGACUGGGUGCUUAAUAUUGAGAAUAUUUUAUUAAAAAAUAAUAUCACUGGUUUACUUGUUGAUCAUACUAACAAGGAUAAUUCAUACAUCAUUUUGAAAAGAUUAAUUUCAUCACAAAAUGGAAGAGAGGGUAUCAGAGGCUCAGUCCUGGUGUCUCCGUCUUCAGAGUCCCAAGUAUUGAAUGAUGUCUAUUCAUUUGACGGAGGUAGGGUCUCUCCUGACGGAUGUGAAGAAGGAUCGAUACUGGAACUGCCUCCUGUUCCUCCUCGCGGCUCGUCAGCCCCUCCCCCUCCUCUCCCUCCAAGGGACCCUCCUCCUUUACCGCCCAAAAAAGGAAACUCCUUACAACGGAACCGAAGCAGCAGUAACAACAGCUACAUUAGUAUAACUAGCAGCAACGGUUCAAUUGAGGUUAAUGAUGAGUAUGUGCUGAUGCAACCUCCCAGUGUUCCCUCUUCACUGAAACUAACACCAUCACAGUCAACCUCCUGCUCCAUACCAUCACCCAUCACUGAGAUAUCACCAUUAGGACCUGCUGAUGACUACAUGAAGAUGAAUCCAGUUUCAUCCAGUCAUGUCAACUCCAGACCAAUUGCCAUACCAGGCAGUGUCACCAGGUCAUCAUCUUCCGCUGGUAAAAGGUGUGUCCUCUUGCAUUCGAAUUCUGAAACUGAUGGAGAGCCUUCGCAAUUAGAGGUAACUCCGCCUCUUCCUCCAAGGACGUCCUCCCCUCGUCACUUUAGGAAUAUUUCCAAGACCCCAGGGGUCACUCGGUACCACUCAUUGAGCAGUACAGGAGGGGGAGGUCCCAGUCGUACAAGAUCAAACUCAUCGAUAGCAGUAACGUCCUCCUCCUCUUUAACAAGAAGCAGCAAUAAAGGAGUGAGCAUGAGUGAGUGUCUCUCCAUGAGAGAAGUGAAGGAGAAAUUGGGAAAAGGAAUGACCUCCUCCUCCUUCACUGAGAGUGCUUCAAGCAUUGUCAGUUUUGAGUCUGAGAACCUCCUGAACAUCAGCGGAUUAUCCAGUACCAGCUCUCCUCACUCCUCUAUUGAAGACGUGUCUUUGCUAUCACUGCCUGUUGGUUGGGAAAGAGGAUAUUCACAAAAAUCCAAACGUCACUUUUAUUUCAAUGCUGAUCUUGGUAUCAGCAAAUGGAAUUAUGAAGAAGUUCUGCUUAUGUGUGACAAUGAACCUUCAACACAGUUGAAACCUGGUAAUGGAUGGCAUUCGGUCAAUACUGAUGAUGGAAAGGUUUAUUAUUAUAAUGAAGUAUCAAGAAAAACAACUUGGAAUAUACAAGACACUUUAAAUUAAUCAAAAUUUUAAUAAUAAAAGAAAUAAUUAUUUAUACAUUCUAAAAUUGGGUUUAGUGUAA